GACAACACAUUCAUCUCAAGCCCACUAAUACCACUCUUACAUCCCAGCUCAAUUAUACAAUGGCUGCUGCAUCAAUGGCUCUCUCUUCCCCUUCUUUUGCCGGAAAGGCUGUGCAAGUAGCUCCGUCUUCUUCUGAGCUCUUUGGAAAUGGAAGAGUUUCCAUGAGGAAAACAGUUAAAGCACCUGUUUCUGACAGCCCCUGGUACGGCCCUGACAGAGUCAAGUACUUGGGCCCAUUCUCUGGUGAAGCUCCAUCUUACCUUACUGGUGAAUUCCCUGGUGAUUAUGGCUGGGACACUGCUGGACUUUCAGCUGAUCCCGAGACCUUUGCCAAGAACCGUGAGCUUGAAGUGAUCCACUCCAGAUGGGCUAUGCUUGGAGCACUUGGCUGUGUUUUCCCUGAGCUCUUGGCCCGAAAUGGUGUCAAGUUUGGCGAAGCUGUCUGGUUCAAGGCUGGCUCACAAAUCUUCAGCGAGGGCGGACUUGACUACUUGGGCAACCCAAGCUUGGUCCAUGCACAAAGCAUCUUGGCCAUCUGGGCUACCCAGGUAAUUCUCAUGGGUGCUGUUGAGGGAUACCGUGUUGCAGGAGGGCCACUAGGUGAGGUUGUUGACCCCCUUUACCCCGGAGGAAGUUUCGACCCAUUAGGCCUUGCUGAAGACCCUGAAGCAUUUGCUGAACUUAAGGUGAAGGAGCUCAAGAAUGGAAGACUAGCCAUGUUCUCCAUGUUCGGAUUCUUUGUCCAGGCCAUUGUCACAGGAAAGGGUCCAUUGGAGAACCUUGCUGAUCAUCUUGCUGAUCCAGUUAACAACAAUGCUUGGGCCUUCGCCACCAACUUUGUUCCCGGAAACAAGUUUGGCGAAGCUGUCUGGUUCAAGGCCGGCUCACAGAUCUUCAGUGAAGGCGGGCUUGACUACUUAGGCAACCCAAGCUUGGUCCAUGCACAGAGCAUCCUGGCCAUCUGGGCUACCCAAGUUAUUUUAAUGGGUGCUGUUGAGGGAUACCGCGUUGCUGGUGGACCACUAGGCGAGGUCAUAGACCCCCUUUACCCCGGAGGAAGUUUUGACCCAUUAGGCCUUGCUGAGGAUCCCGAGGCAUUUGCUGAGCUUAAGGUGAAGGAGCUCAAGAAUGGUAGACUAGCCAUGUUUUCCAUGUUUGGUUUCUUUGUACAGGCAAUUGUUACAGGAAAGGGGCCAUUGGAAAACCUGGCUGACCACUUGGCAGACCCUGUAAACAACAAUGCAUGGGCCUUUGCAACAAACUUCGUCCCUGGAAAGUGAGAGCGCGAAAACAUUCAAUUCUUCUAAUUUGUAUUGUGAUGUAAAUUGGUUUGAUCUCUGAUGUGAUUAUGAAAUUUUGUGUUAUACAUGUGUCUGUCAGAGUAUUGAGUUUUCAUA